AUGGAGGGCAGCGGCGCCGGAGCCGGCCCGGCUCUCUCCGCGCUCCUGGCAGGAAGAGCCAAGAAAGGGACCCAUGAGCCCAGAAAUGCACAAGAGGUACAGGAGGCGGCUCUGCGUCUUUUGAAUUGUCAUCAGAAUCUGAGUGACCUCUUGCUGGAGGUGGGAACUUCAGAAUUCUCUGCCCUGCAGGAAGAGGCCUCUGUGCUUGGUGUGCCACUGGGAAUCUUGUCGGCCAGAACGGCAGCUGCCAACAUUGAGAAGAUCUCAGCAGAGUCUGGGAAGGCCGUGCUGCUGAAUGCAGAGCAAAGGCAAAAGCUAUCCUGCUUCCUUCAGACCUUGAAAGAUUUAUUAUCACGCAAUGCUUUCUGCCAUUUGCUGUUUGCUCAAGAGCUGUGGAGAAUGCAAAACCCCCUCAACCUGGAGCUUGCUUGGCACCUGCACAGAGAAGGCAUCCUUAGCCUGGAGGAGCUACUGGAGAAUCAUCCAGACUCGUCUGCCCUGGUGGGUUGGCUGUGCAGCAGCCUCCGUCUUCUGUGCCACCAGGUGGAAGAUUCUUCCCUGGACACAGAGGCCCUGCAAGGCAUUCUGACAGACUUUGCGAUUGUGUUUCUUUAUAACGGAUUCCAGAAAACAUCAGACAUGGGAAAGAAGUUGGAAUCACAGCCAAUCUCCUCCCAAAUCUGCUGUGCUGUACUGGAGGGAAUGCUGUCAUGGGUACUUGAUACAGCAGCUAAGGAAAAGCAAGAAGAUGCCUCUACAUUGAGGGCAGUGAAGUGUUGGCUGGGCGUGUUCAGCUUGACAGCGUCCCGAGGCACAGUUCCUUCCGAGUCUCUACAGCAGUUCUUCAGCCACACCUUCACCCACGUUCUUACUUACAAUCCUCAGCUAAAAGUUUCUGAUGCCGUCGGCCUACAGCGAGAGUGGAGCUUUGCACGAAACAGCUCACUGCUAACCACACUGUAUCGGAAACUGUUUGUGGUGCUCAGAGCAGAGAAGCUGAUAGGUCAUCUGCAGCAGGUGCUGGAGACUAAUGAAGUGAACUGGCAUCAUGUGCUCUCCUGCAUUUCCAUGCUGUUGGUCUGCCACUCUGAAGCAGAACAGCUGGUUAAAGACCUCAUGGGCCAUCUCUUGAGAAAAGGCUUUGAGAACUAUGACCUGGAAAGCUUGAUCACAGCAUUCUUAAUUGCCCGCCAGGCAGCCCUCGAGGGUCCUGCUCUGUUCAUGCCAUAUUCUGAAUGGUUUAAGCUUGCCUUUGGGAGUGCCAACGGUUUCCAUGGCAGCAGCAAGAAGGCUGUGGUCUUCCUCUUCAAGUUCCUGUCAGAGCUGGUGCCCUUUGAAGCCCCACAGUAUUUGAAGGUUCACAUCAUGCACCCUCCUUUUGUGCCCGCUAAAUACCGCCCCUUUCUCCUGGAAUAUAUCACUCUGGCCAAAACCCGGCUGGCAGAUUUCAAGGUUGCAAUAGAAGACAUGGGCAUCUAUGAGGAUUUAUCUUCCACAAAGGAGGCUGUGCAGCCACAUUGUCAGGCACUUCAAGACGUUGAAAAGGCUGUUCAGAUAUUUGAAAACACGGGGAAGAUUCCGGCAGUUGUGUUGGAAGCCAGCGUCUUCAGGCGGCCCUAUUACAUCUCCCGCUUCCUUCCUGCUUUGCUCAUGCCACGUUUGAUCCCUCAAACACCGGAUUCACACAUGGCUUUAAUAGAUGCCUUAAAGAGAGCUGAAAAGAUUCCUCUGAAUACGUAUUCCAGGUUUAUUGAAGAAUGUCAGUCUGUUAAAGAGAAGUUCUUACAGGGUGGCUGUCCUGAAACCAAGACAGGUGACCUCAAGGAGCCCUUGGGACUAUUGAAGGCUGAACUCGAAGACCUGAAACGGCUGGUUACGGACCAAAGCAUGCAAGAUGGUGUGCCUGCUCAGGUGGCUGUUGUAUCUGAGAAACUGGCGGGUGUUCUGGGACGUAGGAAAGAUGAGGAUGAAGCAGCAUCUCUGAGCCUUAGAAUCAAGCUUAAUCUUUCUGUUCCUGAAGUGCAGCAGCAGGACCUAGAGGUUGUCGAUCUUCUGCUGACAGCGUUUUGCCAGAAUGUCAUGGCUGCUUCCUACUUCAGCCCUCCAGACAGGCAAGGGGCCUGGCCAUCCCUCUUCGUGAAAAUGCUCUGUGGACACCGGCAACUCUUACCGUCCCUGCUGAGCCGGCUCUGCCAGCUUAUUUAUCAUCAGGGUCCUUCUCUCAAUGACACUCACGUCAUUGGCCUAGCUGUCUUUGUGGUUCAUUUAAACGAAGCCAGAUCCUUAAUUCCGGAGGUGGACCUCUGCUCCUGGGUUCCACACGAUGUCACUACCAGAGGCCUGCCUGUGGCUGAACUCUGGGAUCAUCUCUUGGCCUGCAGGACGGGAGAAUCGAUAGUCUUCUGCAUGCGGUUUUGUACAGCAGCUGUCUCUUAUUCUCUGUGCAAGUUUUCUUCCUUUUCUCAUGAGUUUCCCUGCACCUCACUUUAUCCUGGUUUUGUAAAAAAGCUCCAAUAUGUUGUGCCACGGCUCAGUUUAGAAGCCCGAGGAACCCUCUGUGGAGGAGACGUGGCUGAGUUUCCUUGGAAGUCUUUAUUCCACUCUGCCCUCUGCUGCCAGAAAGCCGUCCUCUGCUUGUGGAAGCAAACACUCUUUCAGAAACUCCUGCAAGAGAAAAAGUUCCAGCUGACCCUCCAGGAGUGGCUGCUGCUGGAACUAGGAGUCUAUCCUGACGAAGACAUUCUUUCUGCCUCUGAAAGGCAGGAGUUCCAUUACUGGGCUUUGUAUCAGCAGUAUCUCCCGGCCUCUGAUGCUGCUGGAGGCUGUGACGGGGACCUGCGAGAGGCGAGUGCUGUUCUCAUCGGCUCCAUCCUGGAUUUCUGCCAAAGAUCAGAGUUGUCCAACUGCACCCACUUAGAGAAGCGAAAACACUCUAUUCCCCAGAGGAGAGGAAACCCUGAGAUUCAUUGCCGGUUGCAGGAGAUGCUGCUGGAGGUGGAACUGGAGCGCAGGAGAGUCCCACCCGACAGCCGUGCGGCCAAGGAGCACUUCCUCUUCAGGGCGCUCCGGGAGCGGACAAAAGCUCUGGGAGCAGAUUCUGCGGAGGGUGGAAGGCUGCUCAGGCAUCAGGAGCUGAUCCUUCAAACGAGGAUUCUCUUGGGUCUUCCUCCUUCACUCCUCAUCACAACCCAGUGGAAAGGGAAAGAGGUCACCUUGGACUGCGAGGACUUCUUCUGUUUUGUAAACACAGGACUGAAGAACGUCUGCAGCAGAGGUUAUGCGCUCUCUUAUGACAUCACGGCUCACUUCUUCAGGGGCUUGCUGAGCGCCAGUCUGGAGUGCAACAGGUCUGCACAGGAGGUGACGGCUGUCCUUGCGUCAUGUCAAGCCAGGUGUCCUGUCCUCCUGUGUUCCGCUGCGCAAUGGUGGCGUAAGCUGGAGCCGGUGCUCUGCUGCGAGUGGAAGAGACUCUUCACAGCGCCCCUUGCCCAGGGGUUGCAGAGGCUUGGGGAGCUGCAGUGCUCCGUCAGCAGCUUCCUCUCCUCAGAACCCUCUUCUCUGGUCUCCGAUGUCCCCUGGAUUUCUGCCGCCUUCCUAUAUUUCACCAUUCAGGAGCAAACAGCGUGUGAAAAAACAGGAGAGGUGGUGGCGCGACUGGGGCCUGCAUCAGGACAACUCAUGGUGUGCCUCCUCUUCUUUUCACUCAUGGAUUUCAUCUCAGCAAGGGUUGCCCCACAGGAAGGGAUGGAUGUGUCCAGAGCCUUGGAUCAGAGCUCCCAGAUAGCCCAGAUGCUGGAGGCGCAGGGCCUCGGCUGGCUGGCCCUCUUCUGCUCAGGAGAGACAGAGCAGAGCCUUUGUCAAAUCCUGCGUGGGGCUGUAUCAGAUCAACACCUGAAGCAGCUGCCAGUAGCCUUCUAUAGCCUCCUCUUCGCCUUGCACCCAGAACGGCUCAUCAGAGAGCAGAUGUUCCUGCCUGUGGCCGUUGACAUGUACACGCAGUUGCUGCAGCUCUUUAGAGAAGGCACAGUGGGAGCGCUGGACCAGAGAGAGUUGCACGCGCAUGGCGAGGAGCCUGAGGAUCCUCUAGCAGUGACACAAGCAGCACGACAGUUCCUGGUCCGGGCAAUCCCGCAGUGUCCUCUGGAGAGCUUCUCCCACCUCCAUCAGUUACUGGAUCUCUGUGGAGAGCUUGACCCUGAGCUGAAAGCCGCCCUCAUUAACUGCCGGCAACCCACUGCAGAGGGGAGUUUGUCUGAUGAAGAGCUGCUUCUUUUCUGAGGGAUGGGGG